AUUCUAUUUCUAUAUUUGAUUUAUAUAAAUCUGUAUUUAUAAAUUAUAUUCUAGGUUGAAUUGAUAAUUUUAUUUUGAUUGAUAAUAUGUAUAAAAUUAUUUUGAUUGUUUAUUUUUUGGGUAUAGGAUAGGUAUGGGACAGAUAUGGGUUAGAUAUAGAGAAAUGGAUUAUCCAUGGAUAUCUCUCUGAAUUCAUCGAGUAUGGAGAUAGAUAUUUUUUUUCUUAUUCGAUCGGAUAUCGAGUAGGAUUUAAAUAUAGAAUAUUAAAUUUAAAUUUAAAAAUAAAUGACAUAAUAUUCGAUUCAAAUUUUAUAUAUUUUUUAUCUGUAUUUAUGGGGUACAAAUAGAUAUGGUCAGACGUACAGACUCACCGGCAACAUAUAGCCUCGCAUUCAUGAUAAUAUUUUAUUUAAUUUCUUACUCCACCUGAAUAAUGGCCACUUAGAUUGACUUUUUUUUUUUUUGUCUGUUCACACUUCCUGCUUUCCUUGCCACUACCUUCAAUAUUUCCCUCUUCUGCUCUCUUGGAUCAGCUAUUCUUUGCAAGAAACACCGUUCUUAAUUUUCCCCGGCAUGGCGGAGCUUACCAUAGCAGGAUGGUUGGUGUCUCCUAUCAUCGAAGAGAUGAUGCACAUGGCCCGCUCCUACCUAGCGAACCGGUACAACUGGCAGAUGGACAUGGAGGAGGAACUCCACAGCCUUGACACCUCCCUGACCCAGAUCCUCGCCGUGGUGGGUGCCGCCGAGAGGCGGCAGCAUGUCAAGGAUGUGACCCACCAAACACUGCUGCGCCAAAUGAAGGAUGCCAUAUACGAGGCCGAGGACGUGCUGGAUGAGUUCGACUACCUGCUCCUCAAGACCAAAGUGGAGGGCCGAUGCAAGGUGAGCCAUCGGCUAUCCUUUUCUUCUCUUACUUCUGGCAAAUUUAAAACCAAGUUAAGGAAUAUCCUGAAGAAGUUAGAUAGGGUCAACGCCUGCGCUGAGAGGUUCCUCCAAGUGACCAGGUUGGAGACUAGUGGUGCAAUUCAGCAACCUGAGGUCAUGCUAUCGCGUGCCACCACCUCCUUUUUGCUUGACAACGAAGUGUUCGGGCGAGACAAGGAACGGGAUGAAAUAAUCGAGCUUCUACUUGAGUCCGGUGACGAGAACAGCUUUGUUCUUCCGAUAGUUGGUGAAGGAGGUGUCGGGAAGACUACACUUGCUCAGCUUGUCUAUAAUGAUAUACGAAUGGUGGAACAUUUUGAAUUGAGGAUGUGGGUCUGUGUUUCUGAUAGUUUCAAUGAGAUCAGGGUUACCAGGGAAAUUUUGGCAUCAGUUUCUAAUGAUGCAAUUGGUGAUGCAACAAAUCUCAAUAAGCUCCAAGAGGAGCUUCAAAAGAAGUUGAUGUCAAAGAAAUAUUUGUUGGUCUUAGAUGAUGUGUGGAAUGCUGAGAACGUGGAGGACUGGGAGAACAGGGAUAGAUGGAGGAAGCUCCUCGCCCCUUUGAGAUCUGGGGCAAGGGGAAGCAAGAUCUUGGCUACAACUAGAAGGGAAAUGGUGGUGACGAUGUUGGGUGCUGUGAAUUCGAUCUAUUUGAAGGGGUUGCGAGGUGAUGAUUAUUGGCUGCUUUUCCAAAAGCAUGCCUUUGGUUGUGAGAACCCUGAUAAUCAUCUAGAGUUAUUACGAAUUGGUACGCAAAUAGCAGAGAGGCUAAAUGGCUCACCUUUGGCUGCAAAGGUGGUGGGAGGAAUGCUGAAUGCUGAAUUGGAUGUUGGAAAAUGGAAGAAUGUUUUGAAAAGUGACAUAUGGGAUGGCAUUAUGCCUGUUUUGAGAUUGAGUUAUCAAAACCUUCCGGCACAUUUGCAGCGCUGCUUUGCAUAUUGCAGUAUAUUUCCCAAGGACUGGAAAUUUGAACCAGAUAGGUUGGUCUACAUGUGGAUGGCACAGGGUUUCAUUCAGGCCCAAAGCUGGAACAGUGUGAGGAUAGAGGAUAUAGGAAGAGUCUACUUCAAUGACUUAUUGUCAAGGUCUUUCUUUCAAACACUCGAGCAAGAUGGUCAUACAUAUUACAUGAUGCACGAUCUGAUGAGUGACUUGGCACAAACUGUUUCCAAGGAUGAAUGUUUUCGAAUUGAAGGUGAUAUGAUAACGAAAAUCCCAUCCACCAUUUGUCAUUUGUCAAUUAACACUGAAAAUCUGCCUCAACUCACAAAUAUAUGUCCGCUGAAUAAGUUGCGUACCUUAGUUUUCUUCUGUAAUGAUCACACCAUUCACCGUAAUUUGCUCAAAGAGUUGAAAAGCAUCCGUGUGUUGGAUUUAACUGGUUGUGACAUGGAAGAACUGCCAGAAGCUAUUGAUCAUUUAAUUCAUCUGCGUUACCUGGCUCUUUGUGAUACUCUCGGAACAUUGCCUGCUUCAGUGUGCAGGCUUUACCAUCUGCAGGUGUUAAGCACAUCUAGAUGGUGCUGGUUUGGUCAAUUUCCAGAAAGUAUGAACAAGCUGAUCAACUUACGGCAUCUUAAUGUUCAUAGUGAAUAUGUGACUCCGAUUUCUGGAAUUGGAAAACUAACGUGUCUUCAGGAAUUAGCUGAAUUCCGUGUCAGACAAACAAAGGGAUACAAAAUUGGAGAGUUGAAGGAUAUGAAUGAACUUCGAGGAUCACUCGAGGUACGAAGUCUUCAGAAUGUUAAAAGUAAAGCAGAGGCUGUUGAGGCCAAGUUGAACCGAAAAAUGUAUAUUAAGGCAUUGCGGUUGGAGUGGGGUCCCUCUGGAAAUACUAGAAGGCAUGAUGUAGAAGUACUUGAAGGCCUCCAACCAAAUGCCAAUCUUGAGGAACUGGAUAUCGUAAGCUACAAGGGCAUCAGUUCUCCAUGUUGGCUGGAGACAGAUUGGCUCUGCAACCUGAAAUAUCUCUCCCUAAUCAACUGUGAGGGGUUGAAAACCCUCCCUCCUCUUGGGCAGCUUCCCUGUCUCAAACUUCUGAAAAUUAGUGGAAUGCAUGCAGUAAAACAAGUUGGUUACGAAUUCUAUGGUCAUGGCACUGUAAGAGGAUUCCCAUCAUUGGAGCGAAUACAGUUUGUGGACAUGUCAGAGUGGGUAGAGUGGUCCGAAAUAGAGGACUCCCAAAUGUUUCCUUGUCUUCGUGAACUCAAGAUUAAGAAUUGCCGAAAGCUGAUGAGAUUACCCACCUUCCCUCCUAUCCUAAUGAAUAUGUCUAUAAAAGAUGUGGGACCAAUUGUUAAUUUAGAUUUCUGCCCAUUGUCAUCACCAGUGCAAACCCUUCUAAGCCUGACCGUAUGUAGCUCCACCCUGCGACUUGAUGACCACCUCCACCGCCACCACUUCAGGGAUGUGGAGGUGUUGAACUUGGACAUGUGCUUUCAAGGGACUCUGUCUGCCACAGAGUUUCGAGAAUUCACCUCUAUCCGAAGACUGAGAGUAUCUUACUGUCCCAAUUUACUUGUAUCCAGAAUAACAGAGAAGGAGAGUUGCUGUAGCAUCUUGCCCUCAUCACUUGCUUAUCUUGAUAUCCUUCAUUGUCGAAUCACUGAUGAGUCACUGUCAAAAUUGCUACAGAACCUCACCUCUCUUUCCACUUUGGAGAUUAGAGGUUGUCCCGGCAUAACUUCCCUUCCUUCCAGUCAUGUAUUCUGCCUCCUGAAUGCACUCCAACAGUUGCAUAUUGCAGACUGCAAAGAAUUGAUCUCCCUGGCUGGGUUGCAUGAUGUUUCCUCACUCAAAACCUUGAGAAUAGUUGGUUGUCCCAAGCUUUUGUCAUCUAUGAUGCAAGGGGUGGAGGACAAUUGCAGUAGCAUUCUACCAUCAUCGCUCGUACGUCUUGCAAUCAAGUCAUGUGGCCUUUUUGAUGUGUCAUUGUCAAACUGCCUACAGAACCUGACCUCUCUUGCCUCCUUGAAGAUUGAAGGCUGUCUCCAAAUAACAUCCCUUCCCUCGGCAUGGGUACUGUGCCAACUGACUGCACUCCAACAGGUGAGCAUUCGAGAGUGUCCAAUGCUGACAUCACUGGCAGGGUUGCGUGAGCUUUCUUCCCUUGGAACACUGAGAAUAUUUCACUGUCCUACUCUUCUGGAGUCCAUGACUCCAGGGGAAGGAGAUAGCUGUGGCAUCCUGCCCUCGUCGCUUGAAUACCUGGAGAUCAACUCAUGUGGUAUCAUUGAUGAGUCCCUGUCCAGAUGUCUGCAGAACCUCAUCUCCCUCUCUGCGUUGAACAUAGAAGGCUGUCAUGGCAUUACAUCCCUUCCCCCAGCAAAUGUGUUGCACCACUUGACCUCACUACAAAAAUUGCAUGUUGAGGACUGUAAAGAGUUAUCAUCAGCAGCAGGGUUAUCAGCCCUUGUCUCCCUCAGAGACUUGGACAUUGAAUGCUGCCCCAAACUCGAUUCAAUGGCCCUACUGGAUCAUGUGAAAAACCUUUCCUCCCUCAAGGAAUUGAAUGUAAUGGGUGGAUCAGAAGUUCAGUUGCUGCCUGACAACGGCCUGCCUAGUUCACUUGAAUAUUUCAGUUUGUUGGGAUGUCAUCCAGCAUUGAAGGAACAGCUACGUAAAAAGAAAGGCCCUGAGUGGGAUAAGAUUGCUCACAUCUCUCAAAUCUUUUACUGAUUCAUCUGAACAAUGGAUCAUUCUGCAAGAGAUGAUGGUGCCAUCCUCCAAUCUUAACCACCGAUACAAUUGUUGCUUAGAGGUGUGACCACUGUUCCUAUCAUAAUCAUCCUCUCCCCACCUCAUUUUUCCCUUUUUAUUUAGAGAAAGAAUAGCACCCUCUUGCCCACCUCUGGUAUAGCCUAGAUAUCAGUUGUCUUUAGAAAAUCUCAUGGUUGUUUAACUCUCCUUGAGGACUGAAAUUAGCAUAGCAAGAGUGCUACAAGUUAUGUUGGACAUCUAUAGCAUAUAUUUGCAAACCUUAAGUUCCCAUUUUUGAUCGAAUGUAUUUUCUUGCACCACAACCUUAACUUCUUUCAGCUGAUAGAAGUCUUUCUUUUUCACCCAUUGUUUCUGCCUUAUUUGCCGCAUAAUGUGAAACAGCUUUUGAGGGCAUUUCUUGAGGUAUACUUCUGCAACAAGGCUACAGCAUGGUAUAACUACUUUUUGACAUUCCCCAGUAUAAAAUAAUGAGAUUCAAAUUUUGAUGACAAAACCAAGUACAUGGACAUCUCUAAUCGUAUCAUAUGUUUAUUAUUCUCUCAGUUGUGCUGUUUCCUUAAUUUUCAAUGUUAUGAAAUGCACAUUGAGCUGGUUAUCAUACCUAAGAAUAUUUUUUUAGUGUCAGUCUCUUAAAUUGUUUUGGUUAGCAUCAUGCUUUUUAAACUUCACUGGUAUUCAAAUUUUGAAGACACAACCAGCGACAUGGACAUCUCUAAUCAUAUCACAUGUUUUUUUUUUCUCUCAAUUGUACUGUUUCCUUGAUUUUCAAUGUUAUGAAAGCACAAAUCUGAUGCCCAUCGAGCUGUUUAUCAUACCUAAGAAUAAUUUUUGGUGUUGGUCUCUUGAUUUUUUGUUAGCAUCAUGCUUUUUUAAUUGGUGACAGCUUAGUUUGUGGCUUCUGUUAAGUUGCAAAAAUUCAACUCAGCAUGCAAUUGUUCAGCUAGUGACCCACUCAAUGGUCGAGUUUCAUCAUCUCUGUGACUGCUUUGAAACAGUUGGCCAUCUCUGUCCUGCGUACCCUGUAACAUAGUGAAGUUUCUAAGCUAGUGGCAGUUGCUGAUAGAUAUCCUUCCCUUGUAUUUGGAAAAAUGGUGUGUGGUUUAUCUUGUAACCUCUUAAAGCUACUGAAGCUGUUGUUCUCUUCGAAUAUUAGGUGUAAGCAUGAGGAUGACUCUGACAAUGCAGAGCAGUGGGAAAUUAGCUGUGAUUGGGGAUCAAAUGCAUAUCAAGAUCAAGACAUUUUGCUAGAUGGUUAUCAAAUAUGUAAUGAAUUUGACGAACGGACUGAGCUUUUGUAGAGUACGUGUCCGAGAAAAGUUGAAUAGAACUUCAUCCAACUAUUUUCAAAUGUACACCAAAUAACCAUCAAAUACUCUGUGCUGGAGUUUGCAAA